AUGGUAAGGACGUACAAAAGGAUCAUCGGCAAAGGAGGCAGAGCGACAGUCGACUUGGAUAGGCUACGCGAAGCUCUAAAGGCGGUCACGGAAGACCAUAUGACACUACGUGAAGCAGCAAACAAAUUUAAAGUAAAUUACGUUAGCAUUCAUCGUCGAUUAAAAUUUCCCGACACACAAAAUAAAGCAGGUAGAACCACAGCACUAACACAUUCAAUUGAGAUCAGAAUUUGUAAACGUUUGAUUAUUUGUGCUGAAUGGGGAUAUCCGUUGACAAUGUUGGAAUUGCAACAAUUGAUUUUUCAAUUUCUGGCAGAUAAUAACAUCGAAGUACCACGAUUUACAAACAACAUUCCAGGAACUGACUAUUUGCGUGGGUUUUUGAAGCGCCACCGCGACACUCUAACCUUUCGGUUGUGCCAAAAUAUUAAAAGAAAACGUGCCGCCGUGAACGCAGAGAUCGUUACGGAGUAUUACGAUGAAUUAGCCAAAUCAUUAAAGGGAGUUCCUGUCGAAAACAUUUUCAAUUAUGAUGAAACAAAUUUCAGCGAUAACCCCAGUGAACAAAAUUUCUUGUGCAAACGAAAGGCGAAAUACGUUGAAAGAAUUAUGAACAAUUCGAAAACCGCCCACUCAGUAAUGUUUUGUGGAAAUGCUCUUGGUCAAAUGCUGCCGAUCUAUGUCGUGUAUAAGGCUACCAAUAUGUAUGAUUCUUGGAUGUCAGGUGGGCCUCCACAAACGCGAUUUAACCGAACGAAGAAUGGAUGGUUCGAUAAAGUCACCUUCGAAGAUUGGAUUAAAACUAUCGUGAUUCCUGCGCUUCGACGCCUUGACGGCAUUAAAAUUCUAAUUGGCGACAAUUUGUCGUCUCAUUUGUCGCUGGAAGUCAUUCGCCUUUGCGAAUUGCAUUACAUAAAAUUUGUAUUUUUGCCGUCAAAUUCCACGCAUCUACUGCAGCCAUUAGAUGUGGCCGUGUAUGCGCCAUUAAAGCAUUACUGGCGUACAAUACUCACUGAUUGGAAGAAAUCGUCUGGGAUGAUCGCUACUACGGUUUCCAAAAGCGUAUUUCCAUCGCUUCUCACGAAGCUGAUGGACAAAGCGACUCCAACACUUAAGGCAAAUGUCAUCAGUGGUUUCCGUAAAUGCGGCAUACAUCCACUGAAUUUAACAGAGAUGUUGAGCCGUCUGCCAAAAGCGCCUGAAACUCCGCACCAGAACGGACCAAACCCUGCACAGCAACAAAAAAAGAAGCAAAAAGUCGCUGCGGGCAAAAGUGUUUCUGUCGAAGAUUUGUUAAAUCCAAAAGCGAUGGCCGAGUUGCUGGAACCGCAGCCAUCAACCUCUGGCACUCAACAGAACUGGAACCAACCUAAGAAGCGUGGAAGACCGAAAAAACAGCAAGAACCAGCUCCACAGGCUUCCAGAAAAUCAACCAGAGCUCGAACAUUGAGAGCAAGAAACGUGAACGCUUGUUUGGACUCCGAUUCAUCAUAG